AUGUCGUGCAGUAGCGAUGAGCAAUCCGAUAAGGAGUGUCCACUUUGUAUGGAACAGCUCGAAAUCGAUGAUUUAGAUUUCUACCCCUGUAAAUGUGAAUAUCAGAUUUGUAGGUUUUGCUGGCAUCGUCUGCUUACGGAUGAGAACGGUCUUUGCCCUGCUUGUCGGCAACCGUAUCCAGAAGAUCCUGUUACAUUCAAGCCUUUGUCUUGCGCGGAUGUUCAACGGAUCAAGGAUGAGAAGCCGUUGAAAAAAGAAGACGCAAACCUGGUAUAUGUUGUGGGACUGUCUCCGCGUGUGGCCGACCCAGACACGUUACGGAAACCGGAGUACUUUGGGAGGUUCGGGAAGAUUCUAAAGGUUGUGGUUGGUACUGCGCCUACAGCUAAUCAUCCUCAUGCACAACCUAGUCAUACCGCUUAUGUGACGUAUAGCAAGGUCGAGGAAGCUUUGAGAGCUAUACAGCCUUUGUCUUGCGCGGAUGUUCAACGGAUCAAGGAUGAGAAGCGGUUGAAACAGCAGGCUGAGAAGUUGCGAAUUUCUGAAUCACGGAAUCAUCUAGCUAAUUACAGAGUUUUACAAAAGAACCUGGUAUAUGUUGUGGGACUGUCUCCGCGUGUGGCCGACCCAGACACGUUACGGAAACCGGAGUACUUUGGGAGGUUCGGGAAGAUUCUAAAGGUUGUGGUUGGUACUGCGCCUACAGCUAAUCAUCCUCAUGCACAACCUAGUCAUACCGCUUAUGUGACGUAUAGCAAGGUCGAGGAAGCUUUGAGAGCUAUACAGGAGUGUAUGUACUUGCACGAAAUAGCUGAUAGCGAUAUCAGCUUCACAAAGGAGGAUAUGCACAUGGGCAAGCACGCUGAGUACGAGAGGAGGUUGAUAGACACGGUAUUGAAUCGGUCAUCGACACAGCCACAAGAAAAGCGAGCUCAACCGUGGGGUUCUAAUAAGAAUAAUAUAUGCUGGGAUCAAAAUGGUAGCGAAACGAGCGAAGAAGCUGAUCACGGACGAGAUGGAGGAUAUAAUGGUGGUGAUGAGUCACCGUCUGGUGACCCAACGCCAUCAGAAGCAUUUGGAUCUCGGGAACGACAGUCAUCCACGCAAGACAAGGAGAACAUACCGAAACGUGGCAAAGUUAAACAGGGUGCAUCAUCGUCUGCUAAUCACACUCCGGCAGGAUCAACGCCACCGUCUUCAUCGCCCCCACGAGAACCAACGCCACCCUCUCUAGAUUAUAAGGCUCCUCAGCUGGAGUCUGUUUCUGAAGCGAAACCACCUCCGUCCAAAACAGUGGAGCAGUCAAAGCCGUUUAAUUCUAUUUAUAAUCAGGAUACAGAAUCAAAGCUAUUGCGGUUAUUAUGUGGUAACGAAGACAACGGGGCAGGCAUGAUUCCGGCACCUGCACCCGUAAGUGAGGCGCCUGCGCCUCUUGUAAAUUGGCAGACAUUAUUGGGUCUUUCUCCGCAAGCCACAGCCGGUAACAACGCGACGCAAACAUCGUAUGCUUCUUCCACGCUACAUCCGUCGACGACACCGCAGAAGUCGUUAGUGUCAACGCCACCGCCAGGUCUUGGUGGGUUCACAUCAGAUGACGACCUUGGAUUCGAUCCAUUCAGUGAGUCAUCGAAAGGCUUGGCGCGAUUGCUUGAAGAAGAGGAGAAGCCGCAACAUCGACAGCAGUUUGAUCCUUACUGUGCACCUCCUCCCGGGCUUACACCGCCACAACGGUCAGCGAUGUCGUCACAGUCGAUUUCCGAUUGGCAGGAAGGUUUGAAAGCACUCCUACCGAAUGUGAAUGUACGUUUCGUGAGCGAUCUCGAAGGUGCUCACAACGGUAGCAGUCUGCAUCAUCUUCACCAACAACACGCCGCCGCACACCAUUCGUCAUUCGGUGCAAGAUGGCCGCCUUCAGCCUACGGUCUCGACGUCAACGGCCGCACAAAUCCACAUCACAUCGUUCCGCACGCUGUUCCGCCACCACCCGGUUUCUCGGUGCCGAAUCGAUGA